AUGUGUGGAGAAGACGCUUUUUAUAAAAUCCACUACGCAAACUGGAAAUCAAUGUACAACGAGCGUGUGCACGACGAGAUGAUUCACGAUUCUCGCGCGUACGGUGACCACCUCUGGAACAAACUCUCUCACGGGAGAGUCGAGAUGGUACCUAAACAGUCCGUCAACGCGCUUGAUGAACGCACGCAAAGGUACAAAUCAAAUCCUUCACUCACCUGA